GUCUGAGCAGCUGCUGCUAGCCCGGCGGGCACACCACCGGAGUCCUGCCCGCUGCCGCACGAGUGGCCACGGGCGCGAUCCGGGCCAAACGUCUUAUCCUCCAUGAUCACUUUGGGAGCCGGGGGAAGACUUUGCCUGGCGGUGCGAGCUGGUGUGCGUUGUCCAGGCUUGGCGGAGACGGUGCGGAGUGAGCAGAAGGAGCUGCAGCUGGAGAAGCAGCAGCAACAGCAGCAGCCGCUGCCGCCGAGUCCGGAUCGCAGCGGCUACAGUCCGGGGCGUGAGCGUCCCGCGCUCAGCGGGUUCGGUUCCCCACGGAAUGUCCCCGGGGCGCCCCGCGCGCUGACCCUGCAGCCGCCUCCGCCUUGGGCACCCGCCUCUUCCCUCAGGCGGGCUCGGUGAUCCGAACCGCGAGCUUCCCAGCUCCUGGGCAGUGGGGAAGCCCCCGGGGGCGGGUGACCUCAGCUGGCCACGACCCAGCCCUCCCCGGUGCGGAUCUCGCUUAAGAUGGCAGCGGAGUCAGGGGAACUAAUCGGGGCUUGCGAGUUCAUGAAAGAUCGAUUAUAUUUUGCUACUUUAAGGAAUAGACCAAAAAGCACAAUAAAUACCCACUAUUUCUCCAUCGACGAGGAGCUGGUCUAUGAAAAUUUUUUAGGGUCUAAUUUCAAUUUAAUGAAGAAAAGAAGUUGGUAUUUAAAAAGUAAACCCAGUACUUCCGGGACCACCAAAGAAUUGUAUACUGGUUUCUAUGCAGAUUUUGGACCUCUGAACUUGGCAAUGGUGUACAGAUACUGCUGUAAACUAAACAAGAAACUAAAACCAAAGAAAAUGUUCAAGAAAGUCCCUUUCCUGAGAAAUCUGGAGUCAUACAGUUUAUCAAGAAAGAAGAUAGUGCACUACACCUGUUUUGACCAGAGGAAAAGAGCAAACGCAGCAUUCUUGAUAGGUGCUUAUGCUGUCAUCUACUUAAAGAAGACACCAGAAGAAGCCUACAGAGCGCUCCUGUCUGGCUCAAACUCCCCUUAUCUUCCAUUCAGGGAUGCAUCCUUCGGAAAUUGCACUUACAACCUCACCAUCCUUGACUGUUUACAAGGAAUCAGAAAGGGAUUACAGCAUGGAUUUUUUGACUUCGAGACAUUUGAUGUGGAUGAGUACGAACAUUAUGAGCGAGUUGAAAAUGGGGACUUCAACUGGAUCGUUCCAGGAAAAUUUUUAGCAUUUAGUGGACCACAUCCUAAAAGCAAAAUUGAAAACGGUUACCCUCUCCACGCCCCCGAAGCCUACUUUCCGUAUUUCAAAAAGAACAACGUGACCGCGAUCGUGAGACUGAACAAAAAGAUUUACGAGGCGAAGCGCUUUACUGACGCCGGCUUCGAGCACUAUGACCUGUUCUUCAUAGACGGCAGCACCCCGAGCGACAACAUCGUGCGGAGGUUCCUGAACAUCUGUGAGAACACGGAAGGGGCGAUCGCGGUCCACUGCAAAGCUGGUCUAGGAAGAACUGGGACGUUGAUAGCCUGCUAUGUCAUGAAACACUACAGGUUUACACAUGCUGAAAUCAUUGCUUGGAUCAGAAUUUGCCGACCAGGCUCCAUCAUCGGACCCCAGCAGCACUUCCUGGAAGAAAAACAAGCAUCUCUGUGGGUCCAAGGAGACAUUUUUCGAUCCAAACUGAAAAAUAAACCUUCCAGUGAAGCAAGUAUUAAUAAGAUUAUCUCUAGCUUGGAUGACAUGUCUAUUGGUGGAAACUUAUCUAAAUUACAAAACAUGGAAAGGUUUGGAGAGACUAAUUUAGAAGAUGAAGAUGUGGAAAUGAAAAACAGCGUAACGCAGGGAGACAAACUACGUGCCUUAAAAAGCCAGAGGCAGCCCCGUUCCUCGCCCACCUGUACAUUCAGGUCAGAGGAUAUAAAAGGACAGCAAAGGGCAAUGUCCCAGACUUUCAGAUUAAGUUCUUCCCCACAACCAUCCGUGUCUGCUGCGAAGACCCCCAAAGUGUGUUUGUCCCCUUCAGCGACAGCCAAAAGGAUAAACAGAGGUUCUUUGGCUUCAGGCACAAAUUUGAGAAGCUUCUCCAUAAACUCCCGGCUAGCUAGUUCUCUAGGGAACUUGAACGCUGUGACAGAAGACCCUGAGAACAAAAAGACGGCCUCACCCACCAAGGCAGCUUUCAUAGCCAGCCCAUUCACCAGCUUCUUGAAUGGCAGCUCCCAGCCACCUGGCAGAAAUUACCCCGAACUCAACAACAACCAGUACACCAGAAGCAACAACAGCAACAGUAGCGGUCUUGGGGGCAACCUCAACAGCUCCCCGGGCCCCCUGGGCACCAAGCUGGAGGAGCACACCACCGCCCAUAGACCUUCCUUCCCAGGGGGGCUCUCUUCCUCCUCAGCAAGAUUCCUGAGCCGGUCUAUACCUUCCCUUCAGUCUGAAUAUGUUCAUUACUAAAGCCUUGCUGCUCCAGUGAAGGCGGCUCCAUUCUUAGACAUCUGGAUGUGCAAUGUGGACGAAAACAGCUGCUUGCCUGGAGGAUAUCCACCUUCUUACCUUAAAUUAUAGAGAGUGUUAACCUAGCACCAGAGAGACUUGAGACCAGAGCACUGGCUGAUGACUACUAUAAAUGCACUGUGAUGAUGUUUAUGGCGGUGUCCAUACUUGUAAAGACAGUUUUAAUGUUAAAUUUGGUAUUUUGGAAGCUUAUUUUUAAUGUAUUUCAGUAAUGUAUUUGUUACUGCAUUUACUUGUACAGUGUUACAUUAUAUAUGUAUCAUGAACUUUAUAAAAGACUAUUUUGGUAAUUUUAUAAAUAUAUAAAAUUAUGUAAAAGCUAGACUAUAUUUUGAUUUAGAUUUUUCUUGCUGUUUGCUACCAAAAAUUUGUAUUUUAAAUUUGUUUAGCUUUAGUAUGGCUUUGUCUACAGUGAGGAAAUAAUUCCUCCUUAUGAAGUAACAGUGAGGGAGCCCGUCAUUAGGAAGUGAUUUUAAUGCUCCCCACAUGAGCUCAGUAGAUCGGGCGUUCUCUGCUGAAGUGAGUCUGAUUUGAGUCCAUCCAAAUUUAUCUCUACCAAGAGUGAGGUUGUUUGAUAGGGUUUCUGUAGGAAAAAAACCCUUUUCCCUUUGUUUUUAUUCUUGAACCUUUUAAGUAGGAGGCUUAAAAAACACACUUUAGCAUUUCCUUAAGACCAGAAUUCGCUGGGCAUUUCUUCUGAAAUCAUAAUUUUUUCCUUUUUGAAAUGACAGAACAUUCCAAAUGCUUUUAUUUUUCUCUCUCUCUCACGAGUGCUUUAAGAAAAAAUAUGCCUUACACUAUUUAUUUUGCUUAUACCUUUGUAUAAAUAUGCAAAGGAGGGAUACGGAUUUUAAGACCUAUAUCUACGGUUCGAAGGAACACCCUCAGUAACUGUACAACAAGGCCGUUAAAGACCAAAAUGCACAUCAAAAGAGUUAAUAACUCAAACGCCCUGUUCUCGGUACGAGGUGGUCGUUGCCCUGUAAGCACGCGUGGUCUGAUGCCACUUUUAAAGCAAUGAAGGAAUAAACUGAAGAGAAUGCUGCUAAGUGGGUAGAUCUGUACACUAACAGAGGUGUUUUAA